CUUUUUUUCAACAAGAAGAAUGAUUCGUCAGUUUCCUUAUUCUUAUGAUAUUUUGAAUAAAGAACAGGAACAAGCAGAAGCUAAAUUCUCUUUUUCUUGCAAGAAAUGCCACAGUGAAGAUGUCGAUUUUUUAGGUGCUACUCGAACUACAAAAAAAGCGGUAUGUAACGACUGUGGACACAAAUGGCACUGGAAACCUAUUCGUAUACCCAGGAAUCAAUAUACUGAAAAAUCGAUAAAACUAACGGAACAACAAGAACAAUCGCUUUUAGAUUCAUCCUUAAAACAAACACCACAACAACAACUAUCUUCAUCAAAUACCGACAAUCAACGUGUUCUUGACUGGCUAGAUGACAUAGAAGAACAUACACAAAAUGUAGAAAGGAAUUCAUUUGCAACUGACCGCCUCAUUAUACCCAAACCACGAACAAAACACAAGAAAAUAACACAUCUAUCAAGAUAUUUGGAAGAUAGUACCAACAACGAUAGAAAACGACCGAUGAGUCAUGAUAUUCCAUUUGUAUCAACAAAUCAACGUCGUAUUCUCUUAUAUUCUCAAGAACAACCUGGUGAUAGUUCUUCAUCAUCAAAAGAUUCUAUCAAAAACUACUCACCUGAUAUCAACAAUGAAACUAGACCGGAAGAUAUUUAUCAAUUAUCAACAGACACCACCCAACGACAACCUAUUAUGGCAAAUGACUCUCAACAUACUGACAUUCAACAUAUUGGUAUUAAACGCUAUGCAACCACCUCUUCUUUCCAGAGAUCAAGGCGACGGCCCAGACGAUUAUUGUAUAGUGGUAUUGAAUUGAUGGUUCCUUCCAACCAAACGACAACUGCAUCAGAUUGAACCAUCCCCUUGUAGGUUUUUUUUUUCCUUUAGUUACAGUUAGCCAUAUCACAUUUACUUUAUAUUAAUUCAUCAUCAUCAUUACCAUCUUUAGUAUUAGUAUGAUUAUUUAUCAUUUAGUAUCUCUAUCGAAAUAUGAAAUAAAAUUGUAUUAUCAAACCAAACCUUUUUUUUUUUUUUUGCAGGCGAUCAGUC